AUGGGCAUCAAAUUUUUAGAAGUUAUCAAACCUUUCUGUGCGGUUUUACCAGAAAUCCAGAAACCUGAAAGAAAAAUCCAGUUUAGAGAGAAGGUACUAUGGACUGCUAUAACUCUCUUCAUUUUCUUAGUUUGUUGUCAGAUACCACUAUUUGGAAUCAUGUCAUCAGAUUCUGCAGAUCCUUUCUACUGGAUGAGAGUUAUUCUUGCAUCCAACAGAGGAACUUUAAUGGAAUUGGGUAUCUCCCCAAUUGUAACAUCUGGUUUGAUUAUGCAGUUGUUAGCUGGAGCCAAAAUCAUUGAAGUUGGAGAUACACCCAAAGACAGAGCUUUAUUUAAUGGAGCCCAAAAAUUGUUUGGUAUGAUCAUUACCAUUGGGCAAGCCAUUGUAUAUGUCAUGACAGGCAUGUAUGGGGAUCCUGCUGAAAUGGGUGCUGGAAUCUGCCUCCUUAUCAUUAUUCAGUUGUUUGUUGCUGGUUUGAUUGUGCUGCUGUUAGAUGAACUGCUACAGAAGGGUUACGGCCUGGGGUCUGGUAUUUCCCUCUUUAUUGCCACCAACAUCUGUGAAACCAUUGUCUGGAAGGCCUUUAGUCCCACUACUAUUAACACUGGCAGAGGUACCGAGUUUGAGGGUGCAGUCAUAGCUCUCUUUCAUUUACUGGCCACCAGGACCGACAAAGUCCGAGCUUUAAGGGAGGCUUUCUACCGUCAGAACUUGCCCAAUCUCAUGAACCUCAUCGCUACUGUUUUUGUGUUUGCUGUUGUUAUAUAUUUUCAAGGAUUUCGUGUUGAUUUGCCCAUCAAGUCGGCUCGGUAUCGAGGACAGUACAGCAGCUACCCCAUCAAGCUCUUCUACACCUCGAACAUCCCCAUCAUUCUUCAGUCAGCCUUGGUGUCAAACCUCUACGUUAUUUCCCAGAUGCUGUCUGUUCGAUUCAGUGGAAACUUUCUAGUUAAUUUAUUAGGACAGUGGGCAGAUGUCAGUGGGGGAGGACCUGCUCGCUCUUACCCAGUGGGAGGCCUUUGUUAUUAUCUUUCUCCUCCUGAGUCUAUGGGUGCCAUAUUUGAGGAUCCUGUCCAUGUGGUUGUGUAUAUCAUUUUUAUGCUGGGAUCAUGUGCAUUCUUUUCCAAGACAUGGAUAGAGGUGUCUGGUUCCUCAGCCAAAGAUGUAGCUAAACAGCUUAAAGAACAGCAAAUGGUGAUGAGGGGCCACAGAGAUACCUCUAUGGUCCAUGAGCUUAAUAGGUAUAUCCCCACCGCAGCUGCAUUCGGCGGUUUGUGUAUUGGCGCCCUGUCAGUGUUGGCCGACUUCUUAGGGGCCAUUGGCUCUGGCACUGGAAUUCUGCUUGCAGUCACUAUUAUUUAUCAGUAUUUUGAAAUAUUUGUUAAGGAACAGGCUGAAGUAGGUGGGAUGGGUGCUUUGUUUUUCUAA